AUGGCGACUGGCGGAGAGGCCCCGGAGUCUUGGUACCUCGCACUGCUCGGUUUCGCUGAACAUUUUCGUACCUCGAGUCCUCCAAAAAUUCGUCUCUGUGUUCACUGUCUACAGGCUGUUUUUCAGUUUAAGCCGCCGCAGAGAGUCGAGGCCCGGACUCACCUUCAGCUUGGCUCGGUGCUUUAUCACCACACCAAGAACAGCGAGCUCGCCCGGAAUCACUUAGAGAAAGCGUGGUUCAUAUCGCAACACCUCUCACAAUUCGAAGAUGUUAAAUUUGAAGCUGCAAGUCUUCUCUCGGAACUCUAUUGCCAACAGAAUUUGGUUGAUUCUGCAAAGCCGUUACUACGCAAGGCCAUCCAGAUUUCACAACAAACUCCAUACUGGCAUUGCAGAUUGUUAUUCCAACUAGCGCAACUGCACACAUUAGAGAAGGAUUUGGUCUCUGCCUGUGAUCUGCUGGGAGUAGGAGCUGAGUACGCCAGGGUUGUUGGAUCGGAGUACACCAGAGCUUUGUUUCUACUGAGUAAAGGGAUGCUCCUACUGAUGGAACGCAAGCUACAGGAGGUGCACCCGCUGCUCACACUGUGUGGGCAGAUUGUGGAGAACUGGCAGGGGAACCCCAUUCAGAAAGAGUCCCUCAGGGUCUUCUUCCUCGUGCUGCAGGUCACACACUAUCUGGAUGCUGGACAGGUGAAGAGCGUGAAACCUUGUCUGAAGCAGCUGCAGCAAUGUAUUCAGACCAUUUCAACACUGCAUGAUGAUGAGAUCUUGCCCAGCAAUCCUGCAGAUCUCUUUCACUGGCUGCCUAAGGAGCACAUGUGUGUGCUGGUGUACCUGGUGACUGUCAUGCAUUCGAUGCAGGCUGGCUACUUGGAGAAGGCUCAGAAAUAUACAGACAAAGCCCUCAUGCAACUAGAGAAACUAAAGAUGCUGGACUGCAGUCCCAUCCUCUCCUCAUUCCAAGUCAUUCUUCUGGAGCAUAUCAUCAUGUGUCGCCUGGUAACAGGACACAAAGCCACGGCACUACAGGAGAUCUCACAGGUUUGUCAGCUGUGCCAACAGUCUCCACGAUUGUUCUCCAAUCACGCUGCUCAGCUUCACACUCUCCUAGGUCUGUACUGCAUCUCAGUGAACUGUAUGGACAAUGCAGAGGCUCAGUUCACCACUGCCCUGCGGCUUACCACACACCAGGAGCUUUGGACUUUCAUUGUGACUAACCUGGCCAGCGUCUAUAUCAGAGAGGGUAACAGACACAAUGAGCUUUACAACCUAUUAGAGAGGAUCAACCCCGACCACAACUUCCCUGUUAGUUCUCACUGUCUGCGAGCAGCGGCCUUCUACAUCCGUGGACUGCUGUCUUUCUUCCAGGGACGAUACAACGAGGCAAAGCGGUUCUUGCGUGAGACUCUGAAGAUGUCAAAUGCUGAAGACCUGAAUCGUCUGACUGCCUGCUCCCUUGUACUGCUUGGCCAUAUAUUCUAUGUUCUUGGAAACCACAGGGAGAGCAACAACAUGGUGGUGCCAGCCAUGCAGCUGGCCAGUAAGAUUCCUGACAUGUCUGUGCAGCUGUGGUCCUCUGCUCUGCUCAAAGAUUUGAAUAAGGCCUGUGGUAAUACGAUAGACGCUCAUGAGGCAGCCCAAAUGCACCAGAACUUCUCCCAGCAGCUCCUGCAGGACCACAUAGCUGCCUGCAGCCUGCCUGAACACAACCUUAUCAGUUGGACAGAUGGACCUCCUCCAGUCCAGAUCCAAGCCCAAAAUGGACCUACCACUAGCCUGGCUAGCCUGCUUUGAACAUAACAAACCCGUUCAAAAUGUUCUAUAAACUCACACAUUCACAGUGUAUACAUGUGUACAGGUCGGCCGCCUCUCAGCCUUCACACAUUUAUACAUCCCUGCUUACACACACGCACGCACACACACACACAAACUUACACACUCGUACACAAACACAUGGAGAGAGAGAACUCCUCUGCCUUUUAUCUGCAGAUUUAAUCUUGUAUUGUUCACGUUUUAACUUAUUUUAUGGUAGGGACUUGUAUGUGGUUGGGGCAUUGAGAUUUUCAGGUGGUUUGAGUGGUGUCGGGGUUACAGAGGCAAGGGAAGAGUCAGCAUGGUAACUUUAACUUAACACAAUAUAAGAUUUUCUGUUUGCCAAGUCCCAACAGUCACAGAUGCAUUGGAACAUGUAUUGUACCUUCUGUAGAUGCGUUAGAACACUUCUUAAUUUCUUAGUUUUUCUUAUGAUUGGAAUGUAGAGGAAUACCUGAUAGGAAUCCCAGACACUGUUAUGGCCUCA